ACACCUGUCACGGAUUGGACAGGUGAAACGAAGGAUAUUGUCCAGUGACGAAACGAUUUCAUUCGAAGAUUACUUCUAUUUGCCCAACGCAUCACGACUUGCUAAUAUAUGCCUCCUUAAUCUGUCCGUAAAUAGAUUUCACCAAAAAUAUCAAAACCUCGUCACAUCAGAAGCGACAUCGCACCGGCUCUCGAAGUCUGUCAAUGAAGAUGUCGAAAAAAUUAAUACACUGCGGGCAAUAUCGGUUUUGUUGACAUCGGAUUUUCGUUUGCCUGCAGGCGGGCCCAAAGUAUUAUCGUAAAUGAAUCGGUUUAUUUUUAGUCUAAUGGAAGGACCAAGAGAACUUAAAGAGCUUUCUCGCUGGCCUUCAGCGUCUAACGUGAUCUUUAACCAAGCGGUUGUUGAAGGCGACGUAGCAAAGGUAAAAUUUUUGUUAAAAUACGGCGGCAAACAGAUCGCGAUCAACGAAAAGAACAAAUACGGCUUGACGCCUUUACAACAGAGUUGUCUUGAGGGAAAUCUCGCUUUGGUUAUGUUACUUCUUGACCACGGAGCUAACAUCGAAGGCAAGGACAAUAAUGGCUGGAGUCCGCUGCAUUUUGCGAUUGUUUCUGGCCACUGCAAUAUUACUAGUUUGCUAAUAGACUCUUGCGCGAAUUUGACUUGCGUCGACUGCAAGGGUCGCUUACCCGUUGAUCUAGCACAGACUGAAGAAAUGUUGGUUUUGAUUACAAGAGCUAUGGAGGCCGCUGGGUAUGUUGAAACGGCGCGGUUAUAUCUUGAAAACUGGGGCCUACGAUCGCCGCGUUCGGACGAAGAACCAUUGUCGCCUUCUUCGCUUCAAGAAGACAUGGAAAUACCCGAAAUAUGUAACGCUACGAAUAUCGAGGGGUCUUCAAAUGAAGUCAAAACAAACUGUAUGAAAAACAGAAAGAUCCAAGAUAUUUUGAAGCAACCAUCGACGAAUUUAGUGCCAUCGAAAUAAGGGAUGUCAUAACAUUUUUUAAAGAAAAUACCUUUUCUGAGAUUUUGGAUCCAGUUUGACGCAGCGCCUGUAAAGACUAGAGAUUAAUGAACAAGUUAUGAAUUCAGAUGGAGUUUUACGGCAUCAAACUUCGCAUGAAUCUAUUUCAUUAGUGACAAAAUAGAAGCAGUUUUAUAAUCGAUACAUUUCGCCAAAUUUUGCAAUGAAAUUCUCUACUUCAGCGGGCCUGAAGAUGAGAAUCGAGGAAUGUUUUAACUGUAAUUAAAGUUGCGCUAGACGAAUACAAGUAAAGGAAACCCGAGCGUAGUUAAAAAUAGACCAAAGAUUAGCAAGCUUUGGUUUUGGUGAUGGAAAUUCUCCAUUUUAUUAUUCGCCCAAUAUUUUCAUCGGCAGCGAGAAACGGAAGUAAAAAAACUGAAGAAACUUUACGCUAGUAAACUAAAAAAGACUCGAAGUGAAAUAAAGUUCAAAAAAUGUUCUCGUAUACAGUGGUUUUCAUGAUUCCCUGCACGAAAGCAAC